UAUAAAAAAAAAAAAAAAGCCCUCUUCUAUAAUCAUCUUCCAAUCCUUAGUUUAUCACCGAGUCUGUUGCGGAAUCCAUCACUGAACCAUCCAACAUCUUCUGCUCUACGCGAGCUGAAAACAAUCAUCACAAGCCAUCUGCAAGAUUUCUCAUGCGCCAGUAUUUCAAAGCAUAGGGUUAGGGUUUUCCUUUCCACUCCCGAUUCUUUUAACCCAAAGACAACAAUGCGAAAUCUCCUCCAAGAAUCUCCAGGGUCUCCGUUUUCAAUCCCAAUCUCUCAAAACCCUAAUUCGUCUCUUAAAGAAAGUGGCUUGCUUGGCUCGGGAUUGCACAAUUGGCUCUUCGAGUGCCAUGGGUUCUUGCACAAUGUCACUCUCAUAUUGGCUUCUCUUGCUUUUGUACUAUACUUGGCAUUUCAGGCCAAAAAGAGUGUAACGAAGCUAUCCCACGGGAGAUCUUAUAUAAUGAUCGCUUAUUAUGGGUGUCUUUGGCUCGUUAGCUUGCUUAAUCUCUCUUGGUGCUGCUUUCAGGCAUGGGAGUGCACUGCUGGAAAAGAAUUGACAUGGAAUAUCUUAUCUUUGUUUACAACAUCUGGAAUGCUGUUUUUGGAAGUAAGCUUGAUUGCCUUUUUACUCCAAGGAAAUUAUGCAAGUGGUUUGGAAGCUUUGACACGGACAUUUGCUGUAUCAGCGCUCAUUGUUGGUUUGGACAUACUCCUCAAGGCAAUAUAUAUGUUUGGACUUGGGAUCCCUUUGUUCAUUGACAGCAAUGAGCAGCAACAUCACAUGAAGUGGAGCUUGUGGGUUGUCCACAGGCUAGUACUAACUGCAGUUUAUGGCUUCAUAUUGUUCAUGUACCAUUCCAAGUGGAGGGAAAGAUUACCUGCAAGGCCUGCAUUCUACAAGUACAUUGUUAUUAUGUUCACCUUGAACGCAUUAGCACUAUUUGCCUGUGGGCUAACUGUGAAUGGGACUGAUUUUGGUUUCUGGUUGUACAGCACCACAAUUGUCUGCUACCAUACCUUUUACCUGCCUCUGCUAUAUGUAACAUUUUUAGCGGACUUUUUCCAGGAGGAUGAUUUGCAUCUAGAGAAUGUAUACUAUUCAGAGAUGAAAGAUGCCGGUUUCUUUGAUGCUGAUUGGGAGUGAUUCAGUGAGAUUCCGGCUGGAUGACAAUCUGUACAUUGAAGGAACUUACGGAUGGCAAAAAUUGCUGCACUUUAAGAGAUGCUUGUUCGUUCCUUGCUUGACUUGUUCUUUCACUUUAGGUGUGCCGCUUCAUGUAACUCUAUGGUUCUGGUUUUUUUUUUUUUU